UUGUAAAGUGUCCUUCGACGGUAUUUAGCAUAACAGUCGGUAUACGAAAAAUAAGUCGUUCAGACCAGCAGCUUUGGCACAUUGCUUUUUCGUUUGUGAGUCAGAUGAAAUCGAUUCCGUAGGGGAGUUCGGUUGAAUCUUUGCUCUACUGUAUUUGCCUGGAUUGUUGACUCCGCCCCUGUCAUUCUUGGAAUGUCCACGCAGUGCUCCUAAACUUAACCAACAUGAUCGCGUUCAGAUAUUCCGCAGGCGCGACUGUCUGCCGUUUGGUUUCUCUCGCUUCUCCCUGCACUUUAGCUCGGCUCAGCUCCACAUCGGUGCGCGUUGGUGUGAGUCCCCGAGUUGCUCUGGCUGACGAGCGCGUGCACAUCACAGUCAGUGGACUGAGCCCCUCACAGGAGGUCACCCUGCGGGCUCUGGUGACAAGUGACGAUGACACGCUGUUUGAAUCUUGCGCUCAGUACCGAGCCUCCCAGGAGGGGGCGCUCGACCUGUCCAGAGAUCACUCCCUAGGGGGAUCCUACAACGGGAUCGAGGAGAUGGGGCUGCUGUGGAGCCUAAUGCCUGCCUCCAUGGAGAUGCCCCACCGGCGGAUUUUCCACAGAGACCCAAUGAGAGGCCCGCAGCUGCUGGAGUUCAUCGUCCAUGCCGGCUUGUCGAAUCGUGGUAGCAUUCCGGGGUCGGUGCUGGCUAGGAGCUGCUGCAAAAGGUGGUUCUGCAGUCCUGGAGUGACGAGGACACGGAUCCGGGAGGGUCGUGUGCGGGGCAGCUUGUUUCUGCCACCCAAUGAAGGCCCCUUCCCAGGGGUGAUAGACAUGUAUGAUGAUGAUGGUGGACUGACAGAGCACAGAGCCAGUCUUUUGGCAAGCAGAGGGUUUGCCACUUUGGCACUGCCAUAUGUCCGCUUUGAGGACCUCCCAGAGUCGAUUGCAGAUGUCAGGUUCGAAUACUUUGAACAGGCUGCAAGCUUACUAAUUCAUCAUCCGAAGGUGUUGAAUUCUGGCGUGGCAGCAAUUGGAACUGGCAAAGGUGGCGAGCUGGCCUUAGCCAUGGUCACAUUUCUCCCCCAGGUGGUGGCUGCGAUUAGCAUAUCUGGCUGUCAUGCUGUUACUGGAGGAGAGCUGAGAUACCAAGGUCACAUCCUACCAGGAGUUGGCUACACAGCUAGUCGUAUCCGACUACUUCCCUCUGGGAUACUGGAUCUGUCAGAAACCUUGAAUGAUCCCUGUGAUCAGGUGUACCAGAGUAGUCGAAUCCCUAUUGAAACAGCAGAUGGACAUUUCUUGUUUGUGGUAGGAGAAGAUGACAAGAGGUGGAAGAGCCCAUUGUAUGCUGCUGCUGCAGUCCACACAUUGGACCUUCAUGCACGCAACAACUAUCAAGUACUAACUUACCCAGGAGCUGGGCAUCGCAUUGAUCCUCCUUGGUGUCCUUUUGCUCACACAGUCCUGGAUCCAGUGCUUAGAAUUCCAGUAAUGGAAGGAGGGCAAUCUGCUCCACACAGUCAUGCCCAGGCUCACUCCUGGCAACAGAUCCUGGAGUUUCUUCAUUGCCACUUGGUGGCAAAACAAUCUUGAGACAAAUGUCCAAAAUCAGUGACCCUAAAAUUAAGGGAUAAAAGCAUAAGUGGACUUUAAAACUAGGCUGAUUCAUGUGAUGAAGAGUUUUGGGAGUUUUGUAAAUGAAGGAAAGUGUCAGUAUCAGUAACAAAUACAGUUUCCCGCCCUGUUUAUAUGCAUUUUAA